UCCUUUUUCCAUCUGACUUGCCAUUUCGGCAUUUGGCUGUUUGUAUAAAGGUUUUGGGCUGGUAAAAGUGUUUUGGCAACUUGCAAAUGUGGUUUAGGCUGGUAAUAGUAUUUCAAAGCUUCAAAAUUGAAUUUUAGUACAUUUGUUUUGCCCUUCAUGGACUGAUUUUGGAUCAAUUAAUAAAUGGUACACACAGUGUCAUUUGUUAGAUAAUAGCUGUUGUGCCAUUCUGAUUUUUAUAUAUCUGUUUUUAUGCUCAGCUUCUAACCUAGCCCCUACUGCAGUAGUGCUUCUUAACAAGGAGAAGCAAGAACUGAACCUUCUUAAGGAGAAGUUGGAAUGGCAGAAGAAGAAGAUUGAAGAACUGGAAGAAGAGAGAGAUUUCCUUCGUGACAGUUGUCUGCCCUCACAGCAAUGCAAGAAAGCAUGGACAACAAAGUCACUGUGAAUGAUUCGGAAACCUCCAAUACGUCAUCCAUGUCCUCCUCUUCCUCAUCCUCAUCUUCAACCCCCAAGAAGCGCAAAUCCAAAAAGAAGCACAGCAAGGCAGCCAAAAAACACAAGAGAGAGCACAAGACGUUUCGGCAGCGCGUACAAACACCGAGUGAAAUUGUCUGCCGCUACAGAUCCAUCCUCAAAACCUUGCCAAAGACAAAGACCAUGACCAAAGCGUUCCAGAAGCACGGCAUUGACAGAAACACUGUGGUGUGCACUUCAGCGCUUGGAGAGCUCGCUAUUGCAGCUCCUGAGGUCUAUGAGGAGACACUGGCCAAGAGAUCUACUGGAGAGACAGUGCUGGCAUUUGCUAAGCGGUGUGAGGCUGCUAUUCAGAAAGAUGAAGAAUUAAAAGACAAAAUAGAAAUCAUGAAAGCUAAGGGUACCCUCCUCCCCAUGAGGAGAAACAAACCUGUUUAA